AUGGCCUUUACGCACCGGCUCGCUCUGCUCCUGCUCGGCUUCACCUUCAUCCACACGCUUAAUGGAAAGUUUCCUCACUGCCAGUUCCAAUGGGAGAUGCAGAGCGCCAGGAGGGAGUGUGAGACGCUGCUGCAGCAACAGACGGCCGCUAGCACAGGAUGUCACGGCGUGUGGGACAAUGUGUCGUGUUGGCAGAGGGCGGAGGUUGGCGAGGUGAUGACCCUUCCAUGCCCCUCCCCCAUCCUCCACCUGUUCGGAAAAGAGGGUAACAUCAGCAGGAACUGUACAGAGGGAGGCUGGUCUGAGGUCUACCCCCCCAUCACCAUUGUCUGCUGGUCCAACAUCACCAUUGAACCUAACGAGCUGGUCUUCUACAGGGUGGUGAAGAUUCUCUCCACUCUGGGUCACAGCCUGUCCUUCAUCACUCUGCUCAUCAGCACCAUCAUCAUCUGUCUGUUCAGGAGGCUCCACUGCACCAGGAACUACAUCCAUCUGAACUUGUUCUUGUCCUUCAUGCUGCGAGCCGCCGCCGUGCUGACCAAAGACGUGCUGCUGUUCUCCGACGAACAAAACACCGACUGCAGCACACAGCCAUCGCUGGUGGGCUGUAAGGCCAGCCUGGUGUUCUUCAACUACUUCAUCAUGGCCAACUUCUUCUGGCUGCUGGUGGAGGGUCUGUACCUCCACACGCUGCUGCUCGUCGUCCACAGCUACUCCACCCGCCUCUCCGUCUACCUGCUCAUCGGCUGGGGAAUCCCGUUUGUUUUCAUGGUGGCGUGGAUCAUAUGUCGGAUAAACCUGGAGGACACACUGUGUUGGGAGAUGAAUGAGAACCCAAUCCCCAACAGACUGAUGAACUGGCCCAUCAUGGCGUCUGUCAUUAUAAACUUCGUCCUCUUCAUCAGCAUCAUCCGCAUCCUGGUGCAGAAGCUUCGCUGCACCGGCGUUGGAGGAAAUGAGCAGUCGCAAUACAGACGUCUGGCUAAGUCCACCCUCCUGCUGAUCCCUCUGUUUGGGAUCAACUACGUGGUGUUCGUCCACCUGAUGGAGCCGGCCGACAAGAACAUGAAGCACAUCAAGAUCUUCUUUGACCUCGGCCUCGGAUCCUUCCAGGGUCUAAUCGUGGCGGUCCUCUAUUGUUUCCUAAACAGCGAGGUCCAGAUCGAGCUGAGGAGGACGUGGAGAAGUUUAUCUCUAAAGCGUUACGUGGGGCGGGACUACCGGCCACACGCCAUGUCGGUCAGCCGCAACGGCAACGAAAGCUCCACUCAGUUUCCCAGAAACUCCAGAGCCCAGUCCAUCCUGCAGACUGAGACCAGCAUGCUCUGACCGGAGGUUUAAAAGAGGUUUAAAAGAACCGAUGCUCAUAUUCGAGAAGUACAGAGAGGUUCAAAGUCUCAAGGACACUUUUAUAGACAAAGUUUCUGAGGUGAAGGACUUCUUCUUGUUGGACCGUGUUUGCCUCCAGAAGAUUUUUGUCUUCAGUGAUUUUUUUUUUAUUCAUGUCACACACAUUAAACAGUUCCUGCUGAAAUCAUGCAGAGCAGAGACCUGCAUCAACUAAUUGCAUUUGAAGGCCUCCUUUCAUGAUUAAACAUUACCAAAAAAAUUGCAAAUAAAGAAGUAAAAUACUGGUUCAAUAAAUGAACAACACACUUCCAUAGUCACAGUUGUCUCAGAUAUUUAUGGGAGACAGCCGAGUGUAUCAUGUGUUACAGUGAAGACGACUAUUAACGUCAAUGGUAAGUUUUGAUUUCGUGAUUUCGUGAUU